GUACGUACAGUCCAGGGCUGAAAACUGGCUGAACUGUCUGACUCCAUUUUAAUUGACUGUUUUCGUGAGAGACGUUGAACCUACAGCAUGGCGUCUGAAGAGCUUGCAAAGAAGUUGCAGUCGCGACUGGCUGCUGCGGAAGAGGCCGAGCAGAGGCCCGAGACCGAACAGAGUCCGGUUCCGGUCCCGGUCCAAUCCCAGGAACCCGAACAGGGCUGUGGAGAUACGCCGUCCGAGCUGGCGACGAAACUGAACCGCAGGCUGGACAUUAACGACGGAAAUGCUCCUUCUCGGGCGACUCGUGUUUUUAACCCUUACACUGAGUUUAAAGAGUUCUCCCGCAAGCAAAUUAAAGACAUGGAGGCGAUGUUUAAACGAUUUGACACUGGAAGAGAUGGCUUCAUCGACCUGAUGGAGCUGAAGAUACUGAUGGAGAAGUUGGGAGCUCCACAGACUCAUUUGGGCCUGAAGAACAUGAUCAGGGAAGUGGAUGAAGAUUUUGACGGCAAACUGAGCUUCAGAGAGUUCCUGCUGAUCUUCCGUAGAGCUGCAGCUGGAGAGCUGGAGGAGGAGAGCGGCUUGAUGGCUCUGGCCAGGCUGUCAGAGAUCAACGUCUCCACUGAAGGGGUCAUGGGGGCCAAAGACUUCUUUGAGGCCAAGGUUCAGGCUCUGUCCCAGAGCAGCAAGUUUGAAGCUGAGAUUCGAGAAGAAAAAGAAGAACGCAAGAAACAGGAGGUGGAGAAGAAGGAGCGACAAGCUGCCUUCAAGCAGCUGCAGUCGGCCUUCUGCUCAUGACCGCUGCAGCUUCACCUCAAGCAAAUGUGUUGAAAUUUAAAAUGAGCUUACCACUCCACUCACACUGUAAGAAGCAACAUAACUCAGAACAAUAAGGUUUAAAAACCGAAAGGAAAGAUGAAUAAACGUAUUUCAUGCUAAUGUAUUUGAAACUAAAUUUCCUGUGAAAUCACAGGCCACUUUUCCAUAGUUUCUGCAGCUACUCAACGAAACUCUAACAUGCAGAACCAUAGCUUCGGAUGUGUACAAUGAUUCCUGGUGUUUUUUUUAAGUUUCUGUUGAUCUGAAUGGCUAAAGCUGCAUUUCUGUGAAUUUGUUUGGAAGAUUUAACCCUGAGGGAACUCUGAAUUAUUUUUAUUCAUCUUUUCUACACUGUGUGCUGCUUG